UGACAUAGAGCAAAGGAAAAAAAACAAACUCACUGAGACACAUGAAAGUAAUUGUGGGCUGCUUAUUUCUAGACAUCCUGAAUAGAAAAUGAGUAUAAUUCGUAAAUUAAGCAUCGAAUUCACCCAACUAAGAUCGCCAUUUACAAUUUUGGUUCGCAAUGCUUCGAAGAAAACGGGCGGCAGUACAAAAAAUCCUCCCGAUCACGGUCGUCCUAAACAUCGUGGUUGGAAAGUCCAAGACGGUCACUAUGUGUCCGCAGGUACCAUACUAGUUACCCAGCGUACUCCUCGCUUCCAUCCGGGAUUGAAUGUGGGAUUCGGCAAAAACGGAACAAUUUUUGCUCUCGAACAUGGACGAGUUUAUGUAACGUGCGAGAAGCUGGAACCGAACUGGGACCACACGUGGAUACAGAGGAUCUACGCGGGUAGAGAGAACCAAACAAUUUACAAGAAGUUCUUUAAUGUAGUACCGAUUGAACAGCACCAAAGAUUUAAGUUGAUUGAAGAGUCUUGAAUAAAAAGCGGUAUCGAUGUUUAGUUUGCUAGGGUAGAAUGUUUA